UUUCAAAUGGGGUCGUUUGCCCUGCUCGUUGUUUCACUUCUAGCCAAUUUAGCCGAUGCAAUUUUCAUUGAUAGCACUGGAUGUGGAACUACAAAAAUGUGCAUGUUCCGUCCAAGAGGAUGUGAUCCGAAUCUAGACUGCACAAUUGGAGUAGCACUAUCAGUUAUUGCUCCAAAUCGGAUGAAAGUUCAAAUGGUGGCGGCGACAAUCGUUCCAGCUGUUCAGCAACAAUACGUGGCAAUUGCCUUUUCACAUGAUAAGUUUAUGGGAAAUGAUUCAGUGAGUGAAUGUGUUAUCAGCAAUAUGGGAGAGUUUGUUGGUUUCGAACCGGAAGUCUAUGUUUCGUAUAACAAGGGAAAAUCAAAUGAUCGAGUGUUCCUGAACGAUGAUGAACACGCGGAAAUGUUCACAGAUUUGGCUAGUGAAGUAGUUGAUACUCGUCUUGUCUGUGAAUUUACUCAACAAAUUAUGCCACAAAUCGAUAAUAAAAAUGGACUUAUUUGGAACCUCAAUUCUCCAUUUUAUUUGAUGGCUGCAACUGGAUCAGCCCAACCUGAUGAAGUGAAUGUUCACGAGCUCAAUCGCGAUUCCCACUCAUUCCCAAUUACGUCGGAGGAAAUGUUCAAUCCAGUCACUUUUGGAAAUAAUUUCGAGCACCCAACAGGAUUUGCUCCAAAAAUCAACACGAAUCGAAUUGAGAAGCGUCCAAUGCGUCCAACAGAAUCACCAAAAGUCUCUGCUUCUCUCGUAUCUCUCAUUCCAUUUGUUCUCUCGUUCUUUGUAAUGCUUUUCUAAUUAGUUUCAAAACUUUAUUUCAAUGUAUCAAUCAGAAAAGAAAUUUCAAUUGUACGGGUUUUCGCGUUUUUUUAUCAAAUGAAUUUGUAUGAAAUGU